UUUGGGUGUUAUUUGAUAGAUUUUGGGGUUGUGCAGUUGUUGUGCGUGUGUCUGUCUGGUUGUGGUGAGGUUAAGAAGGUUGGUGGUGCAUUUUCGUUGUCUGUUAGUGGUGGUUGAGGCAGUGUUGGUUUUGGCGGGUUGUUGUGCUUCUGUGAGUUGUGUGGUUGUCGUGUUUUUUCAGGCGGUUGGUGUUCGUUUGCAGUGAUUUGUUGGGUUAUUGAGUUUUUGUGGGGUUGUGGGUCUCGGGGGGGUUGGUUUGUGCUUGGUUGUCGGCGGUGGUUGUGUCAGCUAGCCUAUAGCCUAUAUCCAGUGGACAGCACAGCCUAGCCCUGAGUAGCAGAAGCCAGAGAAUGAUGCAUUUCGUAGCCAUCCUGUGCCUUGUUGGGACAUCCGCUGCCACCUUUGGAGGGGGCAGUAUGAUGAAAAAAAUACGCACACAUGAAGAUCAUGUCCAGCUGCGUGGGCGAAGACACUGUUGUGAACUGGAAGACGCAGAUGAAGGCAGCGUGCGACAAAUGCAAAGGGCAGGAUGUGACGCAGACCAUGGUUGACAUUCAGGCUAUGCUGAAGGAAAUGAGGAAGCAGUCUUCUCCCUUCAAAAAGCAGGCAUCAAUGUCGCCUCCAAUCUACGUCCCAGUUCCUGUCUACGUAAACCAACCGCAGCCUUUCUUCUCGCCCAUCCAACAGCCUGCUUUCAGGACAAAACGCUCAUCGAUUGACCUGAGCCCCAAGGGCAUCGAGAAUCUGAAGGAAACGAUGAUGGCCAAGAUUAGCAACAUCACCUGCGUCCUCAAGGAACUGGACUUGAUGGACGAAAACAACCAGCCAAACUACGAUCACGUUGUCGAGGAGAUAAACAAGCUCUCGGUUGACGUAGAUUUGAAGAACGAUUUUUUGGAGGCCAUGGACAUGUGUAGGGACUUCGCUAUGUGCAUGCCCGUCGAGAAGGCUAAACACCCCAUCAAGAAGGAACUGGGCACCACGAUGCUAUUCAUGAAGUGCAUGCAAAUGAAAAAGAUACUUGUUUGCAUGCAGAAGGACAUGAAGAAAUACGCCCCCCUUAUGGGAUUCGAAGGAGACGUCGAAACUGAGGAGAAUGGCGACCUCUUCGACCAAAUCACAGAAAUGUUCUACAUGGAAGACAGCUCUCUCGUGUGAACCUCUUCUCUGGCAUGAGAUCGUAGGUGCAAAAGAAUGGAGAGAGAGAGAUAGAAAAGGGAACACAUUUUUAAUUACAUGUUCAUUUCGAGAACUUACAUCUUUGCUUGAAAAAAAAAUACAAGUGUCGAUUUACAAAGGGCAUUCACGUGUUUAGUCGGAUUAAACCAAAAUGUUUUUGGAAUAUACACUUUUUUGUGUUCAUUACUUGAUUUCAUAUAAAAGUUUUUUUCAUGGUACUUAAAUAAGAGUAAGAAAAUCCAGAAAUCAUCCGGAUGUAUCCAUUAGCAAAUAAAAAUUUGAUUAAGAAUCUAUGUUUUUGUGAUAUAUAUUGAUCGUGAAUAUGGCGCUGGCUUUUAAAAGAGGACUACAGUUUUAUGGUACUACAGCCUAAGGCUAAAGGUACACAGCGGACGAAACAGUCGCAUGUUCUCGUGUUACAAGGAUACAUAAACGAUAUGAAAUUUGAAACCACUGGUCACUUUUUAAUUAAAGCAUAAGCAUAUGGAAAUUUAGUGCGUAGGCCUAUUUCUUAUGCUGCUGAGAAAUUUCUGUAAAACUAAUUCAUUUCUCGUCCGUAAACAGAAGAUAUUUACCAUUUAUUGGUAAAUGAGAUUGGCGAAGAGGAGGAAAGAAAUGUAUGAAUCCGAUGUGUAAAGGAAGGAGAAACCAUAAACCUAUAUAAGACAAUUAGAGGACAUCCAACAAAUUUGGGGCACCGUUGCAAAUCUCCUUGCCUUGCAGUCAUGAGUUGUAAACGUUGAAAAAGCUUAAUUUUGUAGUUUUCUGCAGCUACCCACAGGUCAUAUAUAUCUUACACACUAGGAAGUCUAAGAAAAUUGGAAUAUAGACAAUAAAUAAACUUAGAGAAUGAAGGUA